CCCAUAUUGACACACGUGCAUCAUCCCAGCCAAGAGCUUAAAUUCUGUUCACUCCCGUUGCUUAUGCCUGUUGAAUCUUCUAGAGAGUCAAAUCAACAUCCAAGAUGCCUGUUGACUUCAGCGGAACAUGGGACAUUGUCAGCAAUGUCAACUUUGAAGGAUUCAUGGUCGCUCUUGGCAUUGAUUUUGCAACACGCAAGAUUGCUUCAGUGUUGAAGCCCCAGAAAGUGAUUGAGCAAAAUGGAAACUGUUUCACAAUUAAGACAUUCACUACUUUCAAAAAUUAUGAGCUUUCAUUCAAAAUUGGAGAAGAGUUCAAAGAGGUGACUAAAGGACUGGACAACCGGACAUGCCAGUCUGUGGUCAACUGGGAAAGUGAUAAACUGGUGUGUGUUCAGAAGGGAUUAAAGAAGAAUCGAGGGUGGAUUCACUGGAUUCAGGACAAUGAACUUCAUCUGGAACUUACCUGUGAAGACCAAGUCUGCAAGCAAAUUUUUAAAAGGACUCUGUGAUUUAUUGUCCUUUUGAGUGUUCAUGUUAGUUGAAAUAAUCUCAGAUGUCAAAGAAAUUCAUUUACAGUAUUUACAUAAAAUGAGCUGGAUAGUAAUGGAAGUAUUAGAAUUUUUUUACCUAAAUAAAAGUACCAAUAAAAGAGUGUAAAAAUGACUAUUACAAGUAAAAGUCUUGCAUUCAUAGAUGCCCUAAAGGGGGGAAAGCAGGGACAAUUCCAAGGCCCAGGACUAACAGUGGCCCAAAAAUCUAUAAACUAUAGGCAUUAUGUCCAUUCAUCUUAGAUGGCUAUAAUAAUUGUUAAAUUCUGUUUUCACAGUAAGUGUUUUAAUUUGCCUUAGUAAUAAAAUUAGAAGCCAAAGGUACUUUUCUGUACAGUUAUAACCUGGGCUAUAUUGGACUGGUCCACACACACACACACACACACACACACACACACACACAUAACUCUGUUCCUUCCAGAGAGAGCAGGUAGUUAACAGCAGGGCUGGAUUAUGAUCAUGGGAGGCCCUUGGGCACUUCACAUUUGGAGCACAAAUAAACUAUCAGUGCACAUGGAAUAGUCAUCCAUGUGCACAGAUCUUUUUUUUUUCUCCAUGACACCUCCCAGCCUCUGUACAAAAUCUAGGCAAAUAACCUGGUACCAAUACCUUUUAUAGCAUGAUAUUGCCAAAACUGUGUCUGAAAUUAUGCACUGUUCAUUAUAUAGUGCACUACAGUAGAUAUUUGCUAUUCUGUAAUGACAUCCAAAUCCUGUGUGUGUGUGUGAAUCAAUCUACUGAUUUUUACCCAGGGACCCAAGGACCACUGUUGUGGGGUGGCUACAGCGGAUGGACACUAUUUUUAUCCUGGAAGUUACCUUGGCUUCUCUAAAUUGUAUAUAUUUGUGUGAAUUUGAUUACUCACAAACAAUAAGUAAUACAUGGAAAUGAAUUUUAAUAAAAA